AAAGACCUGCUGAAGAGAGAUCGGUGUGGAGACAGAGAGCCUUUCAUGAGUUCAGCCUGCUGCAGAAAGAUCGAAACCAGACCAAGAGAGAGAGAGAGAGAGAGAGAGAUUGCACAAUCGUACACAGCUGUGUAUCCUUAUAGAAUAGCAUAGUUCUGAAUAAAUAACAGAAUACAAUUAAACUAAAAACAGUAGAUGUACAGAUACGACAGACUCCAGUUUUCCUCCAGAAUAAAAUCACACAAUUACAUUUGCCUGGAGAUGUAAUGUGCUGAAUCACAGCAAAUAUAUAACCAUGCAGAGAGAGAAAGAGAGAGAGAGUGUGUGAGAGAGAGAGAGCAAUAAAGAAAGGCUGAUGCACUCCCUCCUCCUCCUCCCUUCAAUCUCUCGUCCUCCCUCCUGCUCACUUUCCUUCAAGCUCAUUUCACAGUGAGGUCUCGCAUUGUGCCGAUGUACCACGUCUCCUCUUUGCGAAUCCACAAUGAGUUGAUGCUGCUGCUGUACUACGGACGUGAUUUAAGCUGUAUCUCAGUCGCUUCUGCAUCUGAAGUGCAACCAUAAAUCAACCUAACAGAGGAAAAAAAGGACAUUGCAUUCCAAUCACAUAUUCACUUUCCCUCCUUUGCGUGGAAAGAGCAAGGAGAGAUAGAGAAAGGCAGAAUUCAACACAGGAGAUGAUGCUCAAAACGGAGACAUCCAGCAAGCUUUAAACUCUUUGAUGCCCCCUUUUUGUGGAAGCUACUGAAAUCCAUUAGGAAAAGAGUGCAUGUCUCCUUCCAGUCUAAAACCUCCGGAGCACCUGUCUCUACAUCCAUCCUGGCACAGGAGAUGUAAAGUUGGAACCCACUGAAAAAAACCCCAGAGUAGGUACCUGCAGUAUUGGGAAUAGAAGUGACAUUGUCUUAUGAGGCGAUCAUUACAUUUGGGAUUUGGGAAUGCAUCCUCUCACACACACACACACACACACACACACACACACACACACACAGGGAAAUGCCGAGGCAUAGGCUUUGCCUGGUACAAAGUGUGCUAUUCAUCUAAGGCAGCAACUACCAUUUUCCCCUAUUAUGCAUGCAUGCUUAAUGGAAGUCUAUCAUCCAUUCUGAGAGCACAUUUCUGAUCAAAUAUCAGCAUGUCUGGGACAAUAUAGCACACUGUCUAGUGUCUUGGACUGUAACACGUUUAGCAGAUCUCAUCUAUUAGCAUCUCCACCAAUGUGCCAAUAGCCAAUUAAGUGUGUUCAGUGUGUGGAAAGCAAAGAGACUUAGAUAUGCAUCGCCGAUCUGAGAGGAGAUCUUCUGGGGGAAGCAACAGCAUCUAUCUCUAUCUAUUCCUCUCUCUCUCUCUCUCUCUAUCUGUCAGAGGAUUGUGAGAUAAAGAAAGCUAACAUAAGGAUCUUUCUGCUGUAAAAUCAGAAGAAUAGAAGGCAGGGUGCAGAGCACUGCCUGAAGUGUUAAGUUGCUAAAUGUCUGCUCUGUCCCACUAACUGUGUGUGUGUGUGUGUGUGUGUGUGUGUGUGUGUGUCUGCGUGAAGGUGGGUGGAUGAGAGAGAACAAGAGAUAGCAUGAGAGAAGAUGAGAGCUCCUGUCUGAUCUGAUAGAUGUGAAGACCAACAUGAUUAAUUUGAGUAACAGUUGUGCUAUGAAAAUGUGCACUGUCACUGGAAAACCAAAAACAUGUGCGACCUUUACAGAAAACCAAACGAUUUAGCUGUAAACAUGGGCGUGUACUAUGUCCCGACAUAACUAGAACAUCAUGUCAUCAUGACGCUCAUCCUGAUUUUUGUACUGAAUUGUAUGUAAUGAAGGUGAUUAAUUGAUUUAGUUCCAUGUCAUGUUGCUGCAAUUUUAUGUAUACAUUAUAUAUUUUCCUGAUGACAGAGCAAGGCAAUGUUUGAAUGUGUCAUUGUUGCAUAUAAAUCCCCCAAACAUUUACACAAAUUUGAUGCAAACAUUGCAGCUAGUUGCCCAAGUACUUAUUCUUCUCUCUAUGUCUGUUUCAGUGCAGUGAAGUGGCACUCAGCUGCAACUGCAUCAGGUCUUGGAGGAAGGAUGCUGUGGGUAACCCUGCUAAGCACAAUAGCUUUAGGGUGGACUACGCCGAUCCCGUUGCUGGAUGAGUCUGAGGAAAUAGACGAGCCUUGCUUCGACCCUUGCUACUGUGAAGUCAAGGAGAGCAUUUUUCAUGUGCACUGCGACAGCAAAGGAUUUAUAAACGUCAGCCAGAUUUCCCAAUCAUGGACAAGGCCCUUUACGCUCAAUUUGCAGAGGAACUCCAUGCGCAAGCUGUAUUUUAACAGUUUUUUGCACCUCAACAAUGCUGUGUCACUCAAUUUGGGGAACAAUGCACUGCAGGACAUUCAUGCUGGUGCAUUCAAUGGGCUGAAUAUUUUGAAAAAGCUCUUUCUACAUGAGAACAAGCUGGAGGUGUUCAGAAAUGACACUUUUCUUGGACUUGAGAGCCUUGAAUACCUUCAGGCUGAUUACAAUGUCAUAAAGAAAAUAGAAAGUGGUGCUUUUCGAAACCUGCACAAACUCAGAGUGCUUAUUUUGAAUGACAAUUUGAUACCCAUGCUCCCCAAUUUUUUAUUCAGGUCUGUAUCAUUAACGCAUCUUGAUUUGCGUGGCAAUCGGCUAAAGACUCUUACAUAUAAGGGGACAUUGGAGUAUGUGGGUCAUAGUCUGAUGGAGAUUCAGCUUGAAGAAAAUCCAUGGAACUGCGUAUGUGAGAUUGUACAGCUCAAAACAUGGCUGGAGAGAAUACCGUACACAGCUCUGGUGGGUGAUAUCACAUGCGAGUAUCCAUUUCACUUUCAUGGAAAGGAUCUCCGUGAGAUCAAAAGGAGCGAGCUAUGUCCCCUGCUUUCUGAAGCUGAGAUAGAGGUAAAACUCAGCAUCCCAAGGCUACCUUUCAGUAAUGAGAACAUGUGGCCCACCAAACCCUCAUCCAUGUUGUCAUCUUUCCAUAACACUGCCUCCUCGGUGGAGUACAGAGAGAGAUAUGUUAAGCCAACAAAACGACCUAGACCUACGAAAACGCCACCAACUCCACGAAGCCUUUAUCCUGGUCCAAACCAACCCCCUGUACCUGGCUAUCAAACGAGACCACCUAUUCCCAUCAUCUGCCCAACAGGAUGUAUGUGUAAUCUACACAUCAAUGACUUGGGACUCACUGUAAAUUGCAAAGAUAAAGGCUUUCACAACAUCUCUGAGCUCUUGCCACGGCCACUAAAUGCCAGAAAACUCUAUCUGAGUGGGAACUUGAUUCAGAAAAUAUACAGGUCAGAUUUUUGGAAUUUCUCCAGUCUGGAUUUACUCCAUUUGGGUAACAAUCGGAUAUCAUAUGUUCAAGAAGGUGCCUUCAUCAACCUGCCGAAUUUGAAAAGUUUAUACUUGAAUGGUAAUGAUAUUGAAAGGUUGACUCCAGGCAUGUUCCGUGGUUUGCAGAUGCUCAGCUACCUUUAUUUAGAGUACAAUGUUAUUCGAGAUAUUCAACCAGCUGCUUUCAGCCUGAUGGCAAACCUGCAGCUGGUUUUUUUAAAUGACAACCUGCUGCGCACGCUUCCUGUCGAUGCUUUUGUUGGCACCUCCCUGUCUAGGCUGAAUCUACGCAACAACUAUUUUCUGUAUCUGCCUGUUAGUGGAGUGCUGGAGCACCUUGACUCCAUUGUACAGAUUGAUCUGCACCAGAACCCGUGGGAAUGUUCAUGUGACAUUGUUCCACUCAAGCAGUGGAUAGAGAAACUGAGCUCUGUCAUUGUGGUUGGAGAAGUAAUUUGCAAGACUCCAGAGUUUGCGUUUGGCAAGGACCUUCGCACCCUGGAACUCGAGCUUAUCUGCCCAGAAAUGAAAUUUUCCGCUGCUUCUCCUGGACUAGCUAAUGAUGUGACUUCUACCAGUGACUCUGGAUUAGGAUACACCCCUUCCACGGGAGCCGUACCACUUUCGGUUCUCAUCCUCAGUCUCUUGAUCUUGUUCAUCUCUGCUGUCUUUGUUGCUGCUGGCCUAUUUGCUUUUGUACUAAGGAGAAGGAAGAAACUCCCAUUCAAGAAGCGUCAGGAAGUGAUGGAUUUGACGGGGAUGCAGAUGCAGUGUCGGAUAUUUGAGGAACAGCAAACCUCACCUGAGAAACCUGCCUCCAGCCAUGUUUAUGAUUACAUCCCCCACCCUGUUACUCAGAUGUGCAACAAUCCCAUUUACAAACCACGUGAAGGGGAAAUAGAUGGAGAACGUUUUUCAGAGACAAAGGAAAACAACAGUAAUUAUAGAACUCUGUUGGAGAAAGAGAAGGAGUGGACUAUGGCUGUGUCGAAAUCUCAACUUAACACCAUUGUCAGGGUCAAUCAGUCUGGAAAUGUGCCUGGAUUUCAUGAGAAUGGCAUGCUUUGCCCCACAGUGAUUGACAGCCAGAGACCAACUCCAACCGUGGGGUUUGUAGACUGCCUUUAUGGCACCAUUCCAAAAUUAAAGGACAUGCACAUCGCACAUGCACAUCCUCCAGGAAUGCAAUACCCCGACUUGCAGCAAGAUGCCAGAUUAAAAGAAACUCUACUUUUCACUGGGGGAAAGGAAUUUCCAGAGCAAAAUGAAUACCUCGAGUUAAGGGCCAAACUCCAAACCAAGCCGGAUUACCUCGAAGUCUUGGAGAAAUCAUAUAGGUUCUGAUGACAGAGAGUAAGCUCACUUCCAUACAUAACCCCC